AUGUUUAGAACUUUAGCCACCGGGGCGUUAUUGAUGGCCGCGGUCUUUUGGGCUGGAACGCUUGUUAACGUACAUGGGAAACCGGUUCUGUUCCCUUUCACGAAUCACAUAACGGCCAGUGCCGCAAAUACCGGUAAAAAUUUGGGUAUCACCGGGAUGGGAUUGCUGGAUUACUUCAAAAGCCAGGUUAUGCCGAGGUCCACAUUGGAGAAGCCCCACGAUGUGUUGGUAUCAAGUUUUUACGACGCCUUCGUGGAAUAUCUGUCGCCGGAUGUGACACAUUCUCAAAAGGGCCAAAUUUGUUUUCCCGAGGGCUCUACAGUCAGUAAGUUGAACAGAGACGUCAACCCAGUAACUAACGUGCACUCUCACAAUGACUAUUGGCGCGAUUUGCCGCUUUUUGAAGCGUUAUGUUAUGGAAUUGCAAGCGUUGAAGCAGAUGUGUGGCUGAUAGACGGCAGCGAGGAAUUGGCUGUGGGCCACAACCAAGCGUUUCUGGAUCCUGAACAUAGAACACUCAAUUCGCUGUAUACGGGACCCCUGCUUUCGAUGCUGAAUGAGGUGAACUGUCUCGAGGACGUGCAAGAUCACAAAUACGGCGUCUUUUACAAUUCUCCCGAAACAACGCUUUAUCUGUAUAUCGAUUUCAAGUCCGAGGACAGCUCCCAAACCUACUCUCACCUGGUUGAAAACCAUCUCAGGCCCCUGAUAGAAGCCGGGUAUUUGACCUAUUUUGACUUACAGGCCAAACAUAUCGAAUGGAAUCCCAUCACCGUGAUUCUGACUGGCGAUUAUCCCACAGAUCUGAACAUCUUGGAUGGGAAUGAUGGCGAUGGCAUUUUACACACUAAUCAGAGAUUCGUUUUUCUAGAUGCCCCGUUGUAUGAUCUACAAGAUCAGCACGAGCAGCUGUCCGUGGUAGCAUCCGCGUCACUCUCGCAAUUGCUACGGAACUGUAGUGCCAAACCAACUGCGCACAUAAAUGGUCUCUCAAAUGAUGAAAUCGACUGCAUCAAGCCAUUUAUCGCGGACGCACACCGGAGGAAUCUUAAAACACGAAUUUGGGGAGUUCCUGACUGGCCUAACACUCUCAGAAAACAGCUUUGGAGUCAACAAGUGUAUGAUCUCCAGGUGGAUUUCCUCAAUGCUGACAAUUUAUACGAAGCGUCACAUCUUUUCUAA